GUAUUUUUUACUUUUAUUUAAUAGGGCAACACUGUUUGAUUGCCAAACAAAGACGUAAAUGCAUAGGAGUAAAUAAAUUUUAUUUUCUGCGCUGUUAGCAAGAUGAGCUCCUGGCGUGAUAGUAUAACUAGUUUACCCACUGCAGUUGCACAAUUUGUCAACGAAAGUGCAUCAACAGCUUCCAGCUAUCUGCACUCAUCGCAUUCAGGCUCCACAGUCUCCGAGGAGAGCGCCCCGCAGCAUACGGAUUACAAGGCGUUGCCCAUUCCCGCAUCGCUGGUAAAGGAACAGUGGCGUUUGAUAUUCACCUCCGAUGCCAACAGCCAAGACUUACAGGCAGCUAUUGCGCAUUGCCGCGAUCUUGUCCUGUUGAGUGAUGAAUGUAGUGAGGAGCGCCGUUGGCUGGUUCGGCACUUGGUGGAUUUGCGCUAUUCGCUGCAAGAGCUGGAAGAAGCACAGGCGGUGGCCAGCAACGAUGUGGUGGUAUUGAAUGCCAUCAAGUCGGUGGUGGGACAUCAUUUUGUGCCACAUCAUCCAAACACACGCAACCGUCUGCAGGCAGCUGCCAAACGCUACUAUUGUGAUCAUUGCGCAGGGAUUAUUUGGCGAGUGGUGCAGGCUGCAUACAUCUGCAGCGAUUGCAGUUAUCUGGUGCACCAAAAAUGCAUUGACAGCGUAAUGCGUGUGUGUGCGCACGUAUUGGCCUCCGAUCGGCAAUAUCCAAUAGCCGAUAUUUGCCCAGAAAUUGGCUUAUCUGCGCAGCGCUACAAAUGCGCCGAAUGCUCUACUCUGCUUAACUUCAAGAAUUCCUGGAUUGAGCCACGCCUGUGCGACUAUCGCGGUCUCUACUACUGCCCUUCGUGCCACUGGAAUGAUAGCUUCAUUGUGCCUGCGCGGAUUGUGCAUAACUGGGAUUUUACGCCGAGGAAAGUCUCGCGCACGGGUCUACAGGAAAUCCAGUUAUUCAUUGACAAACCGCUCAUACGACUCGAGGAAGAGAAUCCCAAGUUGUUUGUAUUCCUAGAGAAGCUAUGCACUGUUAAAAAAUUGCGCCAGAAUCUUGUACAUAUGCGACACUAUCUAGCUGCCUGCAAGGAUGCUGUUGAGCAGAAGCUCGUGGACCAACAGUUGGGCAGGCGCCGGCAUUUAGCGCAGUCCAAUGAGUUCUACUCAAUUGGCGAUCUUGUGCAGGUUGAAUCGGGUGUCUUAGCUGAAUUCCUGCAAAGCGUUUUUAAGAUCUUUGGCGCACAUAUACGUGGCUGUGAUAUGUGCCUAGCCAAAGCGUACAUCUGUGAGAUCUGCAGCAACAACGAGGUGAUAUUUCCCUUUGACGAUGGCUGUGUCAAAUGUGAUCAAUGCAAUUCUAUUUACCAUCGUGUGUGCUUCACCCGAAAGAAUAUGAUCUGCCCGAAAUGUGUUCGCAUCCAGGAGCGUCGCUUGCAGCUACAACGUAAUGUAAGCAAACAGUCAAAUAUGGAAUUGGAUGAUAAUGCGGAAGACUCUGAAGAUACAGUCGAACCAGUUGACACCACGUAACCCAACC